GGAACGUUCUCAUCCAGGUUUUCUUCCUUUGUUCAGUUCCCCGCAUACGUCACAAUUGGGCCCCCCCUUUCCCCAGACUUGCCCCCAUACGUAAUUUAUUACUAGAGUUCUUUCUCUAAUAUAUAUAAGAUCUCAAUCUCUCUAUUACUUGUAAGAUUUUACUACUCUUUGUUAAACUCAAAUACUUGCAUGGUACACCAAAACCCCCAAUCCACAACAAACACAACCAUGGCGACACCCAACGAGAAACCCAUCGCCGCGAACAAAGAAGACAUCGACGAAUUCUCCCACGACUCGUCCGACCCGCAAGUCAUCCGAGGCCCUUCCCAAGAUGACUUCCGGAAACAGCUCAACCAGAAGCUCAACAAUCCCCUCGCGGGCUACUCCCACGCGGAGCUAACCGCCAAAGGCGAAGCCUACUGUCGUGAGAACGCCAUCGGUGACGAGGAAGAUAUCCGCGCCUUUCAACUCGGUGCGGUCCUCGCGCAGGAUCCGAAUAAAUAUGCGGAUGUGCACGGUCUCACAGCAGAGGAGAGUGAGACGUUGAGUUUGGAGAUUGAGAAGAAGUGGAGUCAGCCGAAGUUGCUAUAUUUGGUUGUGGUACUUUGCUCGACUUGUGCUGCGGUGCAGGGAAUGGGUAUGUCCUUUCCAUAUUUCUACUGAAAUUUGAUUUCAGCAAGUAUUUACAUGACUUCUCGCUAACGAGAUUUUUUCACGUUGAAUAGACGAAACCGUCGUCAACGGUGCACAAAUCUUCUACGCCAGGCAGUUCGGCAUCGAAUCCAGCCUCAGCGCGAGGAAUUCCUGGCUGCUAGGUCUCACGAACUCGGCUCCUUAUCUUUGCUGUGCGUUUAUUGGUUGUUGGCUCACUGUCCCGUUCAAUAAUUGGUUCGGUAGACGAGGAACGAUUUUCUUGACUUGUGUCAUUUCGGCGCUGGCGUGCUUUUGGCAGGCUUUUACGAAUACUUGGUGGCAUAUGUUUAUUGCUCGUUUUGCGUUGGGGUUUGGAAUUGGUCCAAAGUCUGCUACCGUUCCGUGAGUUUAAAUUGUUUUUAUCUGUUUGUUGGGAGGCAGUUGACUGACUUGUUCGGGAUAGAAUUUACGCUGCGGAAUGUGCUCCUCCUAUUAUUCGUGGUGCUUUGGUUAUGCAAUGGCAAAUGUGGACUGGUAAGUCGAUUCUGGUUUGAAACUUGUACUGCACAAACCGCUCAUAAUUGAAUAGCCUUCGGAAUCAUGGUAGGUUACGCCGCCGAUCUAGCAUUCUACAACGUCCCAGACAAACACAAUAUCACUGGUCUCAACUGGCGUCUAAUGAUGGGCUCUGCAAUGUUACCGGCUGUCAUUGUUUGCUUUUUCGUCUUCAUGUGUCCCGAGUCUCCCCGUUGGUACAUGAGCAAGAAUCGUCAUGCAAAGGCAUUUGAAUCCAUGUGUCGACUUCGGUAUAACAAAGUCCAAGCAGCUCGAGACAUCUUCUACAUGCACACUCUCCUUGAGGCUGAGAAGGAGACGAUGAUUCUCGGACAAAGUAAGGUUAAGGAAAUUUUUACUGUUCCGAGAAAUCGUCGUGCUAUGCAGGCUUCGGAGAUUGUUAUGUUUAUGCAACAAGUAAGUCUUCUCGAAGUGCCUCCAAUUUUAAGAAGGAAUGUUGGCUGAUAAUGUUACUCAGUUCUGUGGUGUAAACGUGAUCGCCUACUACUCGUCCGAAAUCUUCAUUCAAGGAGGUUUCAACGAGAUAUCUGCUCUCGCUGCAUCCCUCGGCUUCGGAAUCAUCAAGUACGUCCUCUUCCCCAUAUCUCACAUUUUGAUAUCAUGUCUCUUUCCAAGAACUUACCGCUAACUUCCCCCAGUUUCCUCUUCGCCAUCCCAGCGGUUUACACAAUUGAUAACUUCGGUCGACGAAACCUCCUCCUCACCACCUUCCCUCUGAUGGCCCUCUGCCUCUUUUUCACCGGCUUUGCCUUCUGGAUCCCUGAGAAUUCCAAAGCCCACAUCGCCUGCAUCGCCCUCGGAAUCUACCUCUUCGGAAUCGUCUACUCACCUGGCGAAGGACCCGUCCCCUUCACGUACUCCGCAGAAGCAUAUCCCCUCUACAUCCGCCCGCUCGGAAUGUCCUUCGCGACCGCCACUACGUGGUUCUUCAACUUCGUGCUGUCCGUCACGUGGCCCUCGCUGCUCCAAGCAUUCAAACCCCAAGGCGCCUUUUCGUGGUACGCGACUUGGAAUCUUAUUGGCUUCUUUGGGGUGCUGUUCUUUGUGCCUGAGACGAAGGGGAGGACGCUCGAGGAACUUGAUCAGGUCUUUAGUGUGCGGACUAGAGACCAUGCGGCGUAUGGUGGGAGACAGUUUUUCUACUUCUUUAGAAGAUAUAUCUUGAGGAGGGAUGAGGAGCCCGAGGAUUUGUAUAGACUUGAUAAGGUUGAGCAUCAUCAGGAUACUUUCUUGCAGGAGAAGACUGCUGAUCAGACUGCGCGGGUUUGAAAAUGGGUUCUUCAAAGAUAGAGUCUUGAAAUAUAGAAUCUUGUUGAGUUCCUGAUCAUGGAGUUUUUGGUAUCCAGGAGUGUUGGUUUUUAGGGGUUGGCUGCUUUUUAUGGCUUGAUGCUAUCAUGACAGGGGGUUCUCUGUUUUGUUUGAAGAUGAUGCAAGAGUAGCGAUUGUAGCACCUUGGCAUUUCAAUAGUUAAUGAUUG